AUGGCUUCUAUAUUGGUUCUCAUUCUAACCACCAUUCUAAGCUUCACUUUAGCCAAUGCUGCUGAACUCGAAACCUACAUUGUCCAUUUAGACACACCCAUUGGCCAACACUUCUUUAAAAAACAAGAUCGUGAAAACUGGUACCACGCAUAUUUACCACAGACCACUAGUGGUGCAAAUGAGGAACCAGCUACCUUGGUGUUUGCAUAUCAUAACGUGCUAAACGGGUUCGCAGCGAGGCUAUCCGCGGAGCAUGUGAAGGCAAUGGAAAGUAUGGAGGGGUUUUUAUUCGCAAGGCCUCAAAGAAUGUACUCGACUCAAACGACUCAUACUCCCAACUUCUUGGGGCUGCACCAGAAUAAAGGUUUCUGGAGGGGUUCGAACUAUGGAAAGGGGGUUGUAAUCGGGGUUCUAGACACUGGAACGACUCCAAGCCAUCCUUCUUUCAAUGACAAAGGAGUCCCUCCACCGCCCGCGAAAUGGAAAGGGAAAUGUGAAGUUGAAGGGUGCAACAAUAAACUGAUCGGGUUGCGGGAUCUUACGACGGGUGGAAAGGAUACAUGGUUUGAUGAAAAUGGACAUGGUACUCACACCUCGAGCACCGCGGCUGGAAAUUUUGUUAAUAAAGCGAGUGUGUCUGGAAACGCGAAAGGGACAGCAGCUGGGAUUGCGCCGCUUGCUCAUGUAGCCGUGUAUAAAGUAUGUACGGAUGUGAAAUGUCCGGAGAGUGCGAUUAUAGCAGGACUGGAUGUGGCAGUUGAAGAUGGUGUAGAUGUGCUUUCAUUAUCGCUAGGAAUAGAUUCGGUUCCAUUGUAUCAGGAUGGUAUUGCGAUAGGUGCGUUUACGGCUAUACAGAAAGGUAUAUUUGUAGCUUGUGCUGCGGGUAAUUCGGGUCCUUCGAACUCUACCCUGUCGAACGAGGCUCCAUGGAUUCUUACAGUCGGGGCUAGUACGAUUGAUAGGAAAAUAGUUGGAUCGGUAUCUCUUGGAAACAAGGAUGUGUUAGAUGGACAAUCGUUAUUCCAACCUAAAGAUUUCCCUCAAACAUACCUGCCAUUGGUGUAUGAUCCAAACAUAUCGUUGUGUUUACACGGAUCAUUGGACCAUAUCGAUGUGAAAGGGAAGGUGGUAGUGUGUGAUAGAGGUGUUCUAUCAAGAAUUGGGAAAGGUAGAGUGGUAAAGAAGGCUGGAGGGGCUGCGAUGAUUCUUAUGAACCAAGCAUUAGAUGGUGAUACUACUGAUGCGGAUUCUCACGUUCUUCCCGCGUCACAUGUCAGUUUCAAAGAUGGAGUGGCGAUUAAGACGUAUAUUAACACAACCGUGUCUCCAAAGGCCACUUUGAAAUUCCGAGGGACUGUAAUCGGAGUAGAUUCAGCUCCUGCAGUGGCUUCUUUCUCGUCUAGGGGGCCAAGCUUGCGAAGCCCGGGAAUCUUGAAACCGGAUAUUAUUGGCCCGGGCGUUAGCGUGCUAGCAGCAUGGCCUGAUUUUGUUAAAAACAACACAAAAAUAAGCUCUACAUUUACUAUGAUAUCUGGUACUUCUAUGUCUUGCCCGCAUUUGGCAGGCAUAGCAGCAUUGUUGAAAGUUGCUCACCCAAAUUGGUCACCUGCGGCUAUCAAAUCCGCAAUCAUGACAACAGCCGAUCAAGUUAGCCUAAACGGUAAUCCUAUUGAGGAUGAAAGAGGGUUUCGUGCGGACAUAUUUGCUAUAGGUUCGGGCCAUGUAAAUCCAUCAAAAGCUAAUGAUCCGGGGCUAGUUUAUGACAUUGAGGCAGAUGAUUACAUUCCUUAUUUGUGCGUGCUUGGCUUCACAAGGCAACAAGUUGGAAUUAUCGUAAAAAAAAUGGUUUCGUGUUCGAAAACCAUUCCCCAAGGACAACUGAACUAUCCUUCCUUUGCAAUGACAUUAGCAAGAGGAGAAAACAAAACAUACACAAGGACGGUGACAAACGUCGGCAAGGCUAAAUCUACUUAUACUAUAUCGAUGCAGGAUAUCGAUGUUCCAAAGGGCAUAGUUGUCGUCGUUCACAAUCGUACUUUGAAAUUUACCAAAAUGAACCAGAAGUUAACGUAUGGACUAACGUUUAGACGUUCUAGUAGCAUGAAUAUUAAUCUUCCUUAUGGCGAAGGAGCGAUGGCUUGGCGUUCAGGUAAAUACUUUGUUAGAACCCCUUUUGCUAUCAAGUUCGUUUAAGAGAUGAUGGCGAUCUUUGUUUUCCUGCAUACGUUUGCGGCCUGCAUGGUUUCGAUAGUAAUUGAUCUUUAGCUUCUUUUGUAACGUUAUAACAGGAUUGCAUUAUCCU